AUGAAGAACAGAAAUACUUCUGCUGCUAAACUUCAACCGAGCAAACAGAUGCUGGAAUUUGCUGCCAAGAUGAAAGCAAAUGCCAAGGAAUUAAUAAAGAAAUUUCUUGACAAGUUUUUUCCUGUAUCUAUUGACUGAUUGAUGAAACUGUUGUUCGGUAGCAUUGCUUCAUACAAGUAUAUGCUAGAACUAUUUAGUUACACUGGACACCAGGAAAUUGUUCCAUUUUUACAAAAUAUUUUAUAGUUUUAGUAUACUUUAUAUUUGUUAACGUUAACUGCUAAAUUAUAUUCACACAGGUGUAGCCUAUGUUGUGAAAGAUGAUGAAAAAAUGUUCAACUCACAACUGUCUUAGCAUGCGGGUGUUCUUUACACGUAAUGAUAUGUUACUUACUCCUUCAAAGUUUCAAACCACAAAUACCCUUAUAAUACAAAAAUGAAACCAGUAGGGAAACUUCCAAAGGCUAAAUAUAAAUAAAGGAAAUUUGCCAGGAAAUUUUGCAAUUUCUGGCAGGAAAUAUUGCAAUAAAUAAGGAUGAAAACUGGAUUUCCCAGUUUUAUGAAGUGGAAGCACUGUAUCAUUUGCUCGAUUUUUAAAUAGAAACUGCCCAACUGAAAAUUAGCAAGGUCAGCAAAAAGCUCCACCCUCUUGUACUCAAAAUUAUGGUGUUCAUAUAUUGUACUCAAAAUUAUGGUGUAUUAUAUUGUUUUCGCCAAAUAUUUAUUCAGAAAUCUUCCAUUUUCGAAAAUUCCAUUGGAAGGCAGGAUAACUGAAACCUAAUGUUGCCAGGCUGUGCAAUGAAAAUGGCUAUGUUCUUUAGUUUCUUGGUAUUAAAUGUACAUCUAGAAAUCAGUUCCUUAACUGAAGUUAAAUCCGCUGAGGGAUUAUUUCAAUAUAUUAUAUAAGCUGGCAUUAGCUUCAUGCCACUACAAGGUCAAGAGGCAAGACUGAUAAAUAUUUUACUAAACGAAAUUGACUUCAAUUAAUAAUUUCCAUCUUACAGAACUACUGUCAUGAAUCUCAAUGAUUUUAACUCAAAGCAGCACUUUAAAGACUCUCUACGAAUAGCGUAUGAUUUGGGGACAUUUUUCCAUGGAAUGAAAGUUUCGUCAUCCAUAGUGCUGUCCUACUACACCUAUCUCAAAGAGGGCUACAAGCAAAAUGAGAUAGCAUGCAAAUACUUCGAGCCUGAAUGUAUGGGAUAUCAGAGUGACAAUUACUGGAUUAUCUCCAAUGAUGCAAGAUAUAUUUUUACAGUACGGAUGUUUGCCACAAAUAACCAUUGUUACAUAACAAGAUGCCUGCUCGGGCAUUCACACUGACCUGAAAAUGAAGAUAUAUGUGCUAUGGUGCAAUAGACAAAGAACAAAAAUUGUGCACUGCAAACACAAAGUGUGUAAGGCUGAAAGCGUGGCGUGAUCCUGAGGAGAUGUUUUUAGAUAUAUACAGGAGUUGCAUAUCAAGGCAUAGUCAGUAUGGUCAAUUAUAUACAGGAUCAGACAAUCCUGCACAGGAAAUUCUGAACAGAAAUUGUUGCGCAUAAUUUUACAGAUACACUUGCAUUGUAAAGUUUCAUUGUACGAUACCUUUCGACUUUGAAGUAAGUUUGCAAAUAUUGAGUAGUUGGUUUAAUUGUAUGAAUAAAUUUCUGAUUGAUACAUUGCUGUUCAGCAAGUAGCAAUACAUACCGUUGAAAUUCAUCAGACCAUGAUGAAUCGUUGAAAUUCAUCAAACCAUGGCAAUCUAUUGUAAAGUUUCAUUGUACGAUACCUUUCGACUUUGAAGUAAGUUUGCAAAUAUUGAGUAGUUGGUUUAAUUGUAUGAAUAAAUUUCUGAUUGAUACAUUGCUGUUCAGCAAGUAGCAAUACAUACCGUUGAAAUUCAUCAGACCAUGAUGAAUCGUUGAAAUUCAUCAAACCAUGGCAAUCUAUUGUAAAGUUUCAUUGUACGAUACCUUUCGACUUUGAAGUAAGUUUGCAAAUAUUGAGUAGUUGGUUUAAUUGUAUGAAUAAAUUUCUGAUUGAUACAUUGCUGUUCAGCAAGUAGCAAUACAUACCGUUGAAAUUCAUCAGACCAUGAUGAAUCGUUGAAAUUCAUCAAACCAUGGCAAUCUAUUGUAAAGUUUCAUUGUACGAUACCUUUCGACUUUGAAGUAAGUUUGCAAAUAUUGAGUAGUUGGUUUAAUUGUAUGAAUAAAUUUCUGAUUGAUACAUUGCUGUUCAGCAAGUAGCAAUACAUACCGUUGAAAUUCAUCAGACCAUGAUGAAUCGUUGAAAUUCAUCAAACCAUGGCAAUCUUCAAGUAUUCAGGUUGAGAAUCUUCAAAACUACUUUGGCUCUCUGUUUAGUGGGUUUUCCAUUUCAAAUAAAUUUCGUAUAUUUUAAAAUUUUCGCGAAUUUGCAAUCAAAUUCUGUUACAUUUAUUGUUGUUUUCAAUAACCUGGAGUAGCGAUUCUCUGAUUGGUUAAUUCACGAUUGUUGUGAGAACUGCACAUUUCAUCAGCAAUUUUAAUCAAGUUAACCAUUGUUUCACUGUAGUAAUUUUAUAAAACAAUUACCAAAUGGUUUUCCAGGAUCCUGAAAGAGGGCGUCCAAUUUUGGUACAUCGAUACAUCUGCAGUAAAAACGUUCCUCUGGAAAACCUUUGAACUUUAAGUUACUUCAUUCAUGUCAGUAUCUGUUCCAAGCUCAUUAGAAAUUUUUCCAAACACUUGGCUUUGCGAGUUUGUGCCAUUAUGCUUCUUUACUUAACUACUACAUUUUCAUUCAGCCAGGUACACAAUGUCAAGUGUAUAAUAAUAAUAAUGAGAAUUUAAGCUAUUUUGUUUCAGAUAUAUUUACUAAUAUACUUGGGAAAUCAAUGAAAAUAAUUUCCCUUUUACCCCGGAAUUUGGGCAUCCAAAGGCGUCCAUUUUUUGUUCUAGGUGGCUAAAAGCCUGUGUGCAGGAUAGCAUAUCCAUGCACUUGGGAUGUUGCUCGACUUUCAGAAAGCAUAAAAAUACACUCACCUAUGGCUUGUGUGUUUUCACACUUUCCAAAAGUCUCGCAACAUCCUGUGUGCAUGGAUCACACAAUCCUGCACGGAAAACCAUUCGGUAUUCCUUUAUUUUAAAACAUUUUCGGAACAACUUUUAUCUUUUUGUCAUUGUCUACAUCCACUAUUUUACUGUUCCAAGUAUAUGCAAUGACAAUGAUUAUGUGUAGCCCGAUCCUGGUUAAUUUGGUUUCAUUGAAGUAUUAUGCUCAAAACAUGUAGCCUUGAUGCAUGAUUAUAGGCGAGGCACAAGUGAAUAAUCAUUCCAACACCCAAACCCUACAACAGGUAGGUUUCAUAAUUAGUCCCAGAUCACCAUGUCAAGAUACUACUACUGUAAAUAAAUAUAUCUAGUGUCCACUGUCUGUAGCUUGGCAUUCAUGGUAUGCUGUUGGUAACUUUCUACCAAUUAAUGCAGAAUGUAUGUUAAUUUUCUAGCCGAAAGUAAUGUGGGAAUGAUUUCCUUCGACAUAAAGUGUUGGGAAGUCAUUGAGCCUAUUCAUCUUUGGGCUCCAGUAAGGGAUACCAGAAAGAGUUCACAUGUCUUUGAGCAGAGGCAAUCAAAUGUAUGUAAGAAGUCUUUGGCACGAAAUUAUAUAACUUACACACUUUUAUGCAUAUAGGAUUUAUUGCACAAGGAAGAGGCUAUAGAUGAAUAAUGUUAAAUUUACUACAUGACUUUUUUCUCAUAUCCUGAAAAAAGCACUGAACUUCAUUAUCCGCCCACAAUAUCGAUUACUGCAGUUUUAAAUUAAUAUACCUUGUUAACAGACAUCCAGCAAACCAAUGAGAAUGCAAACUUUACGAUAAAAAUUAAUGAUUUUGUGUACACUAUAAGUUGGAACAUGUCUCGAUCUUUAUUUCUUGAACAAUCAUAACUGGUAAUAACAGUUACACAAAUUGUACAAUCACUAUGUUUUUCUAUUGAAAGGGAUGUAUUAGAAGACGAGUAUAUAGCUACACUAUAGGACCUCUCUGCUAGGUAAAAAAGUGCCCAGUUAACCUAGAAAAAAGACUAUUUGGUUAACUGGAUAUUCCUGGAUAAAUUUCCUGGUUCAGUUUUAUCUCACUUCCCACCAUAGUCUGGUUAAGUUAAUUAAUCAGGAAUCUGAAUAUACUGUAUUUGUCUAGGACAUCCUUGUUAAAAUAACCAGACCAUGUUAGGUGGAUAAAUAACCAAGGGGCCCCUGAUUUCUUAUCAACCCGACACAGUCUGGUUGAUAGGGUUAUUUUUACAUUAACCAGGAAAUUGUAACAAGUGUACAUUUUGUUUUCCUAUCAAAGAAAGAGAUUCAGGAAAGUUUGUCAAGGACCACAGUGGUUGGCAUGAUUGGUGACUCAACAAUUAGAAAAAUGUUCACUGCAUUUUUGCUGCAAGUUCAGGGAGGCUCGCUUGCUGGAUCAAGCAAGGAAGGGAUGAGUGCUCCAAAAGCUGCAGUCUUGAUGACUUCCAACUCUGAAGAACUUCCAAGGUACAUUAAUUACUUUACAAACAAUUGCAUUACAGCUUCCACAGAUAUGAAGCUGUUUUAUGUGUUAGCAUUACAGCAUUUGAUUUUUUAAUACAUACAGUACAUAUCAUACAGUAUUUAUAUGCAACCAUGUGUUUUGUCAAUCGUGUACGGAUAUGGUGUCUUUCAGAUGCCGUUUUUCAUAAUCAAUUUUUUUAGGGUGGUUGGUUGAUCUCAAUUUUUAAAUUUUGAUUUUUUAUUUGAUGUAGACUUAUUGGUAAAGUAGUCCAGUUUAACUACUCUGGGCCUGUGAGUGACCACCCGGCAUACAAUAAGGACUUGUUGCACAACAACCUUCCAUUUAUAGAAGAAAACAAG